GGCCAUCAGGUGUCGCUAUUUUGCAGAUCUGAGUUUUAACUCAUUGCAUGCAUGUGUUUGUAUUUUGUUUUUAAUUUUUCGAAAAAAAUGGAUUCAGAAUUUGAUGAUUGUUUACCUGAUGAAUCAUUAAUUACAACAGAUUUUAAUCAUAUUAUCGAUGGUGAUAACGAUGAACAUAGUUUUGAUAACCAAAAAAUUGAUGAUGAUGGCAAUAAUCAAUCGAAUGAAUUGAAUCAACCACCCGUGCAACCACCACAAUCGAUGAUUAAUAUUCGGCUUGAUAUUGAUGAACCUGUCGUACAUAAUAUUGUUGCGACAGCUAAUUUCAAUUGUCGAUUAGAAUUAUCUAAAAUUGUAACUCGUGUACGAAAUGCUGAAUAUAAUCCGAAAAGAUUCUGUGCUGUUAUAAUGCGAAUUUUUGAACCAAGAACAACAGCAAUGUUAUUCGCAUCUGGUAAAAUAGUGGUUACGGGCGCUAAAAAUGAACGUUUAGCCUGCCUUGCAUGUCGUAAAUAUGGUCGUAUCGUUCAGAAACUUGGCUAUGAUGUAAAAUUCUCUGAGUUCAAAGUACAAAAUAUUGUAUCCACUGUGGACAUGAAAUUUCCGAUACGUUUAGAUAAAUUGGCUAUUUAUCAUGGACAAUUUUGUACAUAUGAUCCAGAUUUUUUUCCCGCGCUUAUCUAUCGAAUGGUACGACCACGAACCGUAUUAUUAAUAUUUGUAUCGGGUAAAUUAAUCAUUACCGGUGCUCGUAGUCGUACCGAAAUGAUGGAAACAAUGGAACAUAUUGGUCCAGUUUUAUGUAGUUAUCGAAAAUGAUUACAUAAAAGAAAAUUUAUUACAUUUUUAGUCAUUUUUUUUUAAAAAUGAUGUGAGUAUUGAUGAUUAUUAUUAUUAUUAUGAUGAUGCAUACUGUAAUUAUUUUUCUGAGAUCUCAAACAACAUUUAAUAAAGUUUACAUCCUCUUUGA